AUGCACGGGGAGCUUGUUGUCCCAGCAUGGCCGUCUGCAUUGGACUGCCUCGCCUGGUCUGCUGACUGCGAACUCGCGGUAGCGGCCGGCGAGGUUGUGGAGCUACUGAUACCCAACUCAAAAGCUCAACUUCAAAGCGCAGAUGGGGCUUUAGACGGAACUACUAACCCAUCAUGGGAAAACAUUCGCAUUCGAACGAACAUCUUCUCAGAAGCUGAGCUCCCGCUGCAUGAGCCUGCGCCAUCUCGCACAUACUCGACAGGCGAAGAAAUAUCCAGUGGCCUCGUCGCGGGUCUCGCCUGGUCACCUCCUGGGCUUGCGAAGCAUCGAAGGUGUGCGCUCGCCGUACAGACUCAAAAUCUUGUUCUGUCGAUCUGGGAAUCGUCUGUAAACCCCAGACAACCUGGAAGCUGGAAACGGUCUUUGAUAGUAAAUCGUGAACUGGAGCGCUACUUUGCCAAGCAUCUAACCUCAGAAGAGGAAUUGCAUGGAAGGGACGCCGCUGAGGUGCUGAGACUUCGGCGACGUAUCCGGACGUUCAGCUGGUGCCCUUCGGUUCACACUGCGAGUAGCCAGCGCUCCUCCAACUUCAACCAUGAUCCACUGUGGAGCGCACAUCUCUUAGCUGUAUCCAAUGACUUUAACGAGGUUAUUAUACUCCAAGUUCAGUCACCCUACAACACUUUACGCCUGGACAACGCUCAAUGGUCGGCACGGGUUUUGGCACAGUUCUCAGUCAAGCAAGACCUCUCAUCUCUCAAAGUCAAUCCGUCUAGUUUGUAUGAGGAAUAUAUGAACCAGCAACGGUUUGUUUUGCAACUCGCGUGGAGUCCAUGGAUCGCCUCCAAGGAUGGAUCCAUCUCCAGUCUUCUUGCGUACGGAACCAAUGACACACUCAGUUGUAGGAAUCUUAGUCUUUCCGGAGUAUCAACUAGCGCUGCCGUCGAAGUCAGCAAGUCUGAUGGGCCGAUAGAGCAUAAACUUAGAGCUCCGCUUGAAGGACCGCUUCGAUGGUCACCGCGUAGCGACACUCCUCACAUGUUCCUCAUUGCCUUUACUUCGGAUGAAGCUCUGUGUUUUUCAAUACCUACCAAGACACCAAGAAGUUGCAGCCUCUCAACCCACGAUCUUGACGGCAGGUGGGAUCCAAUAUCUGGCAUCGUGUUCAGCACUGAGUCCCUUGAGACUUUGUGGAUCCAUUUCGCUUCGCAGACCUCAUCGCCUAGUGCUCCGACCACAAACUUGAACCUACCAUUGCAACCUGAUGCAGUGUCCGAGAGUCCAUCGUGGCAGGGCCAUAUCCUCGAGAGCCAAGCAUUAUACAGCGCGCAGCAUGAGCUUGCCGGCCACGUCCUCGUCAAACAGUGGGGACUUGCCACAUUGCCGUUGGGUGAUCUGAUAGCUUCUUGCAUCACACUGCACCCAAGCGACAUGCUUCAAUACGAGACACCAGCUGAGUAUCAGAGCUUCAUCGCCAUUGAUCGGAUUUCGGGCAGUCGCGAUAGCUUCUGGCUGCCUCAAGACGGCGGGACAUCUCCACUUGCAGACAUCAGUGCGGAAACAGUCCUGUUCUAUGUCAAAAGAUGGUUCGCUCGUAACCGCUCGACGGACAGGAGCGCCAAUGCAGUGAAGGCGAUACUACAGGAGAUAGACGACAAGAUCUGGUCGGCGAUUACCGAGCGGGAUGACCCCACAGUCGCCAGCGCCUUCGAAUUGCAACAAACUCGAGACCACACAUCUUUACACUCCGAUGCGACGGAGUAUCAUGUCUUGUCGAAUGACUGGAAACGUACUCUCUACCUCGACAGGGAGCUUGUAAAACUUCGCUAUAAGAACCUGGUGUCGCUCGCCGCGUCUUAUCCCAGCCUUAGUAGCGCGAUAGGACCGCAGAUCUCACUGCAGAUAAUCAAAAAGAUCCUCGAGUUACCGCAGAGACUCUGUGAUGGCAGUCAGGUCAGCAGGCGCAUACUGCGCCUUUGCGCCUUGGCCUUUAUGAAAUUUCCGGAUUCGUCUCCGGAAGAGCAGCAUGAGUCGAGAGACACUGCACCCGGUAGCAUAGAGCAAUGCGAAAUCUGCAACGACCCCAUAGAGUUCGAGAACUUGUCUUGGGCGAGGUGUUCACAAGGUCACCAGUUUACGCGCUGUUCUACAACAUUCCUUGCCGUCCAGGCACCCGGUAUCUCGAAGUAUUGCGGAAUUUGUGGGAAACAGUACCUGAAUGCCCAGUAUGUAUUUGAGCAGGACACGGCGCUUAACGAUACAGAUCCUGCUGUUGACAGCACACGGGGAUCAUCUUUGAAGGACGCACCGUCGACCAAUGCGGCAGUGCUUGAGCGAGCGCGUCAAGAGCAAGGUACUAACGCUGCAGAACCACGGCCUUCUAUCACGUUAGCCCAACUCCUCGUUGCCGCCUGCGACCUUUGUGUCUAUUGUGGUGGGAAGUUCGUCGGUUAA